UCAACAUAGACGAAUUUGUAUCUAAAUUAUUUCCAGGAAUUCAUUUUGACUCAUGUUCAUCAGAAAACAUGAUUAGGAAACUUGAGUCUGAUUUUUUUUAUUCCUUAAUUGUAGAGAUUGAAUUGUUUGUAACAGUUAACAAGUAUUACGAUUGUUAAGUUGAUUGUAAAUAUUGACUAUUUGUGACUUGGAAUUGGAAUUAUGUUUUCGAUUUUAUUGAACAUUGGAUUAACUUUUCUUUUAAUUUCGUUUAUCGGUUCGACUUGUUUGACACCUUCGAUUCCCGAAGGAGGAUUUUUUCUUACCUGUGGAACUAUUCCUGGGGCAGUUUGUCAAGUUCGAUGUCGAACAAGUGAUAAAGUUCUGCAAAAGAAGUGUACCGAUAAUGGAAAUUGGGUCGGCGAUGAAUUCGUUUGUCAAGAUUCGAGUGAAGAUUUGUGCAGGACGAAUCUUAAAGUUCCAACUAAUGGCCUGAUUAUCGGUGAAUGUAGCAACACAGUCGGAUCGGUUUGUAAUUUCAAGUGUAAUCCCGAUUACAAGUUGAUCGGCGCGGCUCAAGUUUACUGCUUAGGAUCAGUUUGGUCCUCGAAAGAGCCAAGUUGCGAGAAAAGUUCUGACACUAAUAAAAAUAGUUCAUCAUUGAAAUGCCAAGCCUUGCGUUCAAAUCCUGAUGGUUUCAUGGAAGGUGCUUGCUACCAAGGAGCACCCGUUGGGUCCAUUUGUUAUUUCGGCUGUUCAACUGGUGCUACGAUCAAUGGUUCAUCGUCAACUAUUUGCUUGGCAAGCGGUAAAUGGAGUUCAGACCCUCCUUCGUGCAUUAAACCAACGACCCCAAGACCAAGGCCAAGUUCAACUAAUUCCGUCUCGAUAAAACCAAUACUAACAACACCUAGACCGAAACCUGGUGACAAGAAACCGACCUCAUGCAGAGCGGUUCAGGAUGUUAAUAAAGGUAAACUUCGUGGUAACUGUCAACCGGGAGUCAUUGGCUCAUCUUGUUCAGUUACAUGUUCUUAUGGAUAUUACCUAACAAAUGGUUCGAGUACAGUUACAUGUCUAAACAAUGGACAAUGGUCAGCAAAUUUAGGAAUUUGCAAUCGUGUAAAAUAUCUUCUAGUUCGUACUUGGUAUUGGUAAAUGAAUUCCAAUCAAUUUAUUUCAGCUGAUUGACCAAAAAAACUUUCGAAUCGAAAAGAUUAAACACAAUUUCGAUAGUUCAAUCUAGUUCCACUAGUGUUUUCGAAUGAAAAAUUUGUAUUAUCAAUAAACUUCAGAGAAAUAGUUGAUCACUUGAGGAUUAAAUUGUCAAUUAGAAUGUAAAGUUUUUCGGUGUUGAUUGUUUUUCGAGAACCAGUGCCAUCUAUUGAUCGAAAAUGAAACUAAUUUGUGUCUACCAAUUCAAAUGGAAAUUCAAAAAUAUCUCAACACAACAAUAAUGGAGAGUCAGGUCAAAGGGUAAUUGUUGUUGUUGUUGUGUGAGAUUUGCUAAUAAAGUUGACAAAAUUUUCUGUAUUAUUA